GCGUCAGGGUGCGGGAGAGGGCGCGGCUCCCAGGACCGGUGGGUCUUGGUCGCUACUCUCGGAGGCGGGCCCCACGCGUCCUAGCCGGGCCUUGGGGUCCCCGAGCACCCCACCUCCGUCCUCCACCUCCCGGACUGGCUCAGCGCCCCCUGUUCCCUCGCGGGCUCUGGCCUGGGGUCGUAGCGGCGGGCGCUUCAGGCGAGAUGUGAACGCCUCGGGGACACCCCGCCCCCGGAGGCUCCUGGCGGAGGGAGGCGGAAGGUGGCGGAGGGAGGCGACAGGUGGCGGCAAGUGGAGGCGCUGAGCCAUGGCCGACCUGCGCACACUGGCAAGAAAACUGAAAUGCUCCUUGCUUCAUCGUGGAACCCUUCCGCUAGCAAUUCUUAUCUUGGUCUUCUUUUGCUAUGGGUUCCUGAGCUCCAACAGACAGACGCUGGGAGACCUGGAAGCUGAGCCCAGCGUGGCUGUGGGGAAGCUGGACGCUGGCAAGUUGAUGGUUUAUCCCCAGCCAAAGGUGCUAUCACCCGUUAGGAAAGACGUCCUAGUAGUGACUCCUUGGCUGGCUCCCAUCAUCUGGGAGGGGACCUUCAACGUCGACAUCCUGAAUGAACAAUUCCGGCUUCAGAACACCACCAUUGGACUCACCGUGUUUGCCAUCAAAAAAUACGUGGUGUUCCUGAAGCUGUUCCUGGAGACGGCGGAGCAGCACUUUAUGGUGGGGCACCAGGUCACUUACUACGUGUUCACAGACCGGCCGGCCGACGUGCCGCAGGUGCCCCUGGGGGCCGGACGGCGGCUGGUGGUCCUGACCGUGCACAGCCACACGCGCUGGCAGGACGUCUCCAUGCACCGCAUGGACACGAUCAGCCGCUUCUCGGAGCAGCGCUUCCUGCGCGAGGUGGAUUACCUGGUGUGCGCCGACGUGGACAUGAAGUUCCGCGACCACGUGGGCGUGGAGAUCCUGGCCUCGCUCUUCGGCACCCUGCACCCCGGCUUCUACCAGAGCAGCCGCGAGGACUUCACCUAUGAGCGCCGGCCCCAGUCCCAGGCCUACAUCGCCCGGGGAGAGGGCGACUUCUACUACAUGGGGGCCUUCUUUGGGGGAUCGGUGGCCGAGGUGCUGCGGCUCACCAAAGCCUGUCAUGAGGCCAUGGUGGCCGACAAGGCCAAUGGCAUCGAGGCCGUGUGGCACGACGAGAGCCACCUGAACAAGUACCUGCUGUACCACAAGCCCACUAAGGUGCUGUCCCCGGAGUACCUGUGGGACCAGCAGCUGCUGGGCUGGCCGGCGGUCAUGAAGAAGCUGCGAUUCGUGGCGGUGCCCAAGAACCACCAGGCAAUCCGGAACCCAUAG